AGACAAUUCAAUUCAGAAGCAUAAUACAUAUACCAUUUAUAUAACGAUAGAUUGAUAAAUAUUUAUUCAUUCUAUUUACUGGUACACUGGUAGCAUACUGAAUAUUUAAAACAAACGUAUGCAAAUGUAUAAAUAUACAUAUAAAUUGAAGUUUUUAUAUUAAUUUACUAAUUAUAAUCAUCAAAUAGAAGUUUGAAGAGGAAAUAAGAUGAAAGAACCUGAAAACGGGAAUCUUAAAUCGAAUACUUUUGAAAAAGUGACGGUAGAUCGUUUCUUCGAGUUAACAGGAGAAUAUGGGUUUUAUCAGAAAUGCUUUCAAGUGUAUAUUAUGUUCUGUGAAUUAUCAGCCUUAUUUAAUAUGAUGAGUAUUGUUUGGACUGCUUAUACCCCAGAACAUGUUUGCAAUUACAACGGAACUUUGGAUGAGGAUGUCGUCAAUGUUACGAGGGAGCAAUGUAGAGUGGUAGCACAUUAUAGGAAUGCAACAAGUAAAAUAUUGACCUGUGACAGUUGGACUUACAGCAAGGAGGAUUUCGACGAGACAGUAGCAACUAAGUAUGAUCUUGUUUGUGAAAGGGCCUGGCUAAAGAGUUCAAUCAUUUCAUUUAUGACGAUUGGCCAAAUGUUGGGCAAUAUGAUAAUAGGGCACUUAGCCGAUAAGUUCGGCAGGAGAAAAGUGAUAAUCAUGGCUUUUAUCGUUGAAUUUAUUUCUUUUUUUGGGGCUGCUUUUAAUUUUAAUUUCUACUUUUAUGUUUUUGUAAAAAUGGUACUUGGAGGAAUCGCACUUGGCGUAGUUAACACUCAUACUGUUCAUGCUACUGAAAUAGUUGGGAAAAGUGCCAGGUUACUACCAUCGCAAAUUAUAAACCUAGGAUGGUCUAUUUUCUAUGUUCUUUUGGGAGUCGUAGCUAUAUAUUAUAGACACUUUAGGAGUUUUUAUCUUACAAUCCCAGGAAUUGUUUUUGUUUAUCUGUUAAUAACUAUCUUUGUUGUGGACGAAUGUCCAAGGUGGCUACUUGUUCAAGGGAGGAAGGAAGAGGCGAUGAAAAUUUUUAACAAGAUUAAAAGGUUAAAUGGACAUGAAGAUAAGGAGUACGAUAUUUAUUUGGAUGUUGUAGAAACUAAAUCUGAUGUCAAACAAGAGACCUUUAGUGACUUACUAAGAAGUAGAAUUCUUCUUUGCAGAUAUCUCAAUCUUGGAUUAUGUUGGGCGGUUAAUGCCUUAGUUUAUUACGGCUUGUCGUUGAAUACUGGAUCACUUGCCGGCGAUAAAUAUGUCAACUUCAUUAUAUCGGGAGCCGUCGAAUUCCCAGCUUACGCCCUAAAUAUUUUCGUCAUGUAUUACUUAGGAAAAAGACUACCAAUUUCUAGUGUUAUGGUCUUUGGAGGUUUGGGUUGUAUUCUUGCAUCAUUUGUUUCCGGUACUAGUUCAUCAGCUUUAUCCUUGUUUGGAAAGUUUUGUAUAACAAUGAGCUUUGGUUUACUUUACGUUGUUACACCAGAACUUACCCCCACAACAAUGAGAACCUACGGAUUAGGAAUUUGUUCAACAAUGGCAAGAGUGGGUUCCAUACUUGCCCCAUUUGCCCAGAAUCUAGACAACGUGAAUCAUUAUAUCGUUCCUUUGAGCUUUGGCUUUAUAUCAAUGACAAGCGGUUUAUUGAUAAUGACUCUACCUGAAACUCACGGAAAAAAACUGCCAGAAAAUCGACAGGAUGCUGAAAACUUUGGAAAAGGGCAAAAGUUAUGUUUUAUACCUAGAACACAGUUAACGAAAUUCUGCAUGAGAUCAAAGAGAGAAGAUUAUAAAUUGGAUAUAAAUCCUAUGGAAGAGAAGACAAAAAUGAUGGCCUAAAAGUUGAAAAAUUAGUAUAAACAUAACAAUUGGUUUGUUUUGAAUAUGCAUGAAUAGGUUUUAUUUUACAGUAAAAGCGAUUACUAUGUACUCGUAUACAAUAUCAUGGAAACUGUCUGUUGACGCUCUAAUUAUUAAAUUAUACUAAAAUCAAUAAGAAUUCCAUUAUAAUUAACCAUAUUUUUGUUUUAAAUUUGCACAAUACUCUAUAGGAGCAAU